UAAGUUGAGGUUCAGGGGGUGUUUAACCGCACUAAUGACAACAAACACGGCUGCUCAAUUAGCUUAAGGUAUCAUAUUGACGGCAGCUUCGUGUGCUGAUUGAUAAGGGCUGACUGCUAAACACAGGGAUGGCCGACCCUUCAGCUGUGUACCGACAGCAGCUGGAGCAGGUCGAAAAUGCUCUGGCUCUCUCUACAGACGAAGCAACGAGGGCACAGCUGCAGGAGCUGGCAGCCAACCUUAAGGAGCUGAUAGGACUGACAGAAUUAGAAAAUAAGGAGAAACAUGAUGCCAAGGAGAAACAAGAUGCCGAAUGGAUGUUAUUUCAAAGUGAAGUUGGGAGCGGCUGGAGCGAAGGGGACAAGUGUCGAGCGCCCUUCCCAACGUGCACAGGUCUGCACAAUGCGAUGAUCAGCAGGCUGACAGUGGAGGAGGAUUGCGCCACAGUGGUUUUUGUGCAGCCGCUGGUGCAGCAGAUGCGGAUGUGUCCGCACCACCUGAACGACCGGUGCCGCUUCGAGAAUCGCUGCAAGUAUUCGCAUGGGCAAAAAGUGCCCCUGGCGCAGCUGCAGCCGUUCCUCGAGCCCGACUUUGGCAUAGUGACCAUCGGGGCGGUCGUGCUGGCCGCCGGUGAGGAUAAGCUGUGGCGCAGGGCCAAGGUCACGGAGGUCGAGACCUCCAGCGUGUGCCACCUGAGCUUCGAACAGUCAGGCGUCGAAACGCAGGCGCCGAUGGCCAACGUGUGGCCUCUGGAGGCGGCCAGCGAGUCCCUCGAGGACAGCAGCAGUGACGAUGAGGACAGUGAUGAUGAAAUGGCUCGAGUGCACGCGUCGGUGGUGCAGCGGGUGUUAAAUGUUGGCUGUGCGAAUGAACUGGGCGCGUGGGAACGGCACACGAGAGGCAUCGGCUCCAAGCUAAUGGCCAGUAUGGGCUACGUGACCGGGGCGGGCCUUGGUCGACGCCAGGAGGGACGCGUGGAACCAGUUGAGGCCACCGUUUUACCGGCGGGAAAAUCUUUAGAUGAAUGCAUGAGACUGAAAGAAGAGGCGGGUGAUGAUGAUCUUUUUAGCGCAGAGCGACGCGAACGCAAAUUAGAACGUAGGAGAUUGAAACGGGAGCAGCACAAAGCUGUCGCCGCGGAGAAAAAAAGGAGCAGUGGAGACAUGUUCUCGUUUCUCAAUCGCCACUUGGUGUCUGAAUCAAAAAAGCCAGAAGUUUCAGUCGCAGAGGGCCUGGCAACGGAAUUGAAUGUGCGAGGUUUCCAGUUGGAGGAGAGGAUCAAAAGAGCAGCGAAAGAAGAGGCGCAUCUGGCUCAAGCGGCUAGCAGGGGCGUUGGACAGGCUGUUGCUAAAAAAUUGGAAGCCAAGCGGCAAGAGCUCGAGUUGUUGAAAAGAGAGGAAAAGCGGGUUAAAGGUGAACAAACACGAAGAGAGGAACGAAAAAAGAUGUCAGUCUUCUAGAGUCAAUGUUUGCACCUAAGUGUAGGGAGUUUCUAUGACCUAUGUGUUUUGGUGUCCAAAAUAAUUGUAAAACUAGCACCAGAAACAAAUUCUGUUGAAUUUAUUAUGCUCUAUCUAUUUCUAAAAAUACAAAUAAAAAUGACUUGCACUGAA